CGGAAAUGGCGGUCAAUUUGGGAAAACCCAUUUCGGAGUUCGCGGCAUAUCUGCGGCGAGACCUGACUUCACACACCCGUCGGGUCCAGAAUCUAUACAAACGGAUCUGUCGUAACGAAGAGGCCUGGCUUGAGGACAGACACGACAUCCGCUAUAAGAUGGUGUUAUUGAGGGCUGAGUUUGAGAAACACCGACACGUGAAGGACAUGCGAGUGGCGAAGGCGUUGAUGGACGAGGGAGAGAGACAGCUCUUCCUGAACAUACAUCCGUCGCCCAAAUACUUCACGAGUAGUCCCGGCGGCUGUUGUUUCGAGCGCUACCGCGACUAUCCGGACAUUCACGCCGACCACUGGCACCCACUCGAGAAGGCGAGGUAUCCCUACUAUUUCGCCAAACGAGAGCUCCGGAAGAAGCAAUACAUCCAGUUGUGGGAGAAGGGAAACCACAACACAGGACACACCGGUGGCGCUCACCACUAGAGGCCCGACACUAAUACGGGUCUCUCAGUCGGUGUUUGUUCUCAGUUUGAAAACCAAAUUGUUUAGCAUUUCAAGAGAAAAAUGUAGAUAUUAUUGAAUUUAGAGAAUAAAAUACAGUUAUAAAUAA